GUCUUGUAAGAGCAGGAAUUUCCCUUUCCCUUCUCCUUCCAUCAUUCCCUUCCUUGCUCUACCCCUGUGCUCCCAACGCAAUCCUUCCUUCAUACCAUUUCCUCAGCCCCUUCACUCCUAUACAUACCGAAUUUCAAUGAAAGCUCCCUCCUUUCUUCUCUUCUCCGCUCCGCUCCGCUGUUGGAGAGGGUUUAAGGAAGACUUUUCUUAGGGUUUUCUUUCUUUGUUUUCCGAUCUCCGAUCUUCGGUGCUGAAUUCCCUCCUGAAGUUGGCUUCUGUUGUUUGUAGAUGCUUUCUUUGUGAAGAGUCUGUAGAGAAAAAAAGGCUGGUAUGGAAGGAAGGCGAAAAUCGGCUAGCCCUAGGCCGUGCAGUGGUCGGAGAGUGUUCGCCAAGAAGAGACCUCGUCCCGAUGCUUAUGUCAACACCUUUAACAAGCUUCUCCGCCGGGAGAUUUCUUCCAACCCACAUCCUGCUUAUUCGGUCUCCAAUGGCCACGAGAAGUUCCGGAACAUGCGUUUGGUGAUGGAAUAUGAUACUCAUGAUCCAAAGGGCCAUUCUCCUGAAGCACUACACUUUUUGAUGAGGAGAACGAAAGUGAUGGAGAUAGUGGCCGCACGGGACAUUGUUUUUGCUCUAGCUCAUUCAGGUGUAUGUGCUGCCUUUAGUAGAGAGACAAACAAGAGGAUAUGUUUUCUAAAUGUUAGUCCUGAUGAAGUGAUUCGAAGUCUUUUCUAUAACAAGAACAAUGAUUCUCUUAUCACAGUUUCUGUAUAUGGUUCGGACAACUUCAGUUCAUUGAAAUGUAGAUCUACAAAGAUUGAAUACAUACGAAGAGCCAAGCCGGAUGCAGGUUUUCCUCUUUUUGAGUCAGAGACUUUGAAGUGGCCUGGGUUUGUAGAGUUUGAUGAUGUUAAUGGAAAGGUGCUGACAUAUUCAGCCCAAGAUAGCAUAUACAAGGUGUUUGAUCUGAAAAACUAUAAUAUGCUGUAUUCUAUAUCGGAUAGACGAGUCAAUGAAAUCAAAAUCAGUCCAGGCAUCAUGUUACUGAUUUUUGAGAGAGAUAGUGGUCAUGUUCCUCUUAAAAUUCUUUCAAUAGAAGAUGGUAAAGUUCUUAAAACCUUCAAGCAUCUGCUUCAUCGAAAUAAGAAGGUUGACUUUAUUGAGCAAUUCAAUGAGAAGCUUCUUGUUAAGCAAGAGCAUGAGAAUCUCCAAAUCCUUGAUGUUCGGAAUGCAGAGAUUAUGGAAGUUAGCAGAACUGCAUUCAUGACUCCAUCAGCGUUCAUCUUUUUGUAUGAGAACCAGUUAUUUCUGACAUUUAAAGACCGGAAUGUUGCUGUCUGGAAUUUUCGUGGGGAGCUCGUAACUUCAUUUGACGAUCACCUCUUGUGGCAUCCAGAUUGUAACACAAAUAACAUUUACAUAACAAGCGAUCAAGAUCUUAUUAUUUCCUACUGCAAGGCUGAAUCUGAAGAUCAAUGGAUGGAAGGCAAUGCUGGGUCUAUCCAUAUAAGCAAUAUCUUGACUGGGAAAUGCCUAGCCAAAAUAAAUGCAUCAAAUGGCACUCCUAAAGUUGAUUGUCCUAGCAGCAGUUCUAAAGUUGAUCGUUCAAGCAGCAGUAGUAUUUCUCACAUGACAAGUACAGUUGCUCAAGCGCUGGAAGACAUAACUGCCCUUUUCUAUGAUGAAGACCGCAAUGAGAUCUACACUGGAAACAAGAACGGGUUGGUUCAUGUGUGGUCUAACUGAAAAUCAAGCUGUUCAAUUCAAUCAAAGCUUGGUUUUUCUGCUGAUUGGAUAAGUUUAGUGUAUCACUUAACUGCUCACAUCAUUUUAUUAUUCUUGGACUCGUUUUUAGCAUUUUUAGAUUUGUAUUUAGGAGUUUAGGCACUUUGAUUCAGAUGAAAACAUCGAAGUGCUAAUCUGUAUACUAGUGUGUUCUCUGUUCUUGUUUGCGAACCCUUUGGGGGAGGGAACUUUUAUGGGAUAUUAUCAGCUUGUGCAGAACAUUCUUGUCCCAGAAAUCAAUUGCGCCAUUGUUGCAGAAAGGUGUACUGUAAAUGAGAUAUGACACUCAUUUUCUCAAGAUUGUGCAGCCUGUUGUGAGCGUGACAGUUUUUGAAUUACUAGGUGUUUACUUGCUAAAUAAAGUUACACGGUGCUU